UUAAAUUACGACUUAUUAUGAGUUGAAAAAUAAAUUUUAAACUGAACAUAAGGUUUAUUAUUUGUGCAAGUUACCUUAAGACGUGACCACAUACUCAAAACCCAGCUAGGAAAUCUCACACGUAUGCUGGCACCAUCCCGGAUAGAAACAACCCUAGAUUGUGUUUUUAUUUUAUAUUUAUUUAUUGUUCAUUGGGAAUGCAAUUUUAAUAUUGCACAAAACUCUAAGUCAUUUCAAAGAUGUACACAUUGCUGCACGGCUUCUACAAAUAUCUCACACAGAAAGACGAGUACUGCGUCGUUAUUCUGGGCCUGGACAAUGCUGGCAAAACGACCUAUUUGGAGGCGGCCAAAACGAAAUUUACAAAAAAUUACAAAGGGCUGAAUCCGGCGAAAAUCACAACGACAGUCGGUCUCAACAUUGGCACCAUCGACGUCCACGGCGUCCGAUUGAAUUUCUGGGAUUUGGGUGGCCAGCAGGAGCUGCAGUCGCUGUGGGACAAAUACUAUCAGGAAUCGCAUGGCGUUAUUUAUGUGAUAGACUCCAAUGAUCGGGAACGAAUGGACGAGUCGAAAGUCAUUUUUGACAAAAUGAUUAAGAACGAGUUACUCUCAGGCGUGCCACUACUAAUACUGGCCAACAAGCAGGAUCUGCCCGAUGUGAUGGGUGUACGUGAAAUAAAACCAGUAUUCCAACAGGCUGGUGCACUGAUCGGACGACGCGACUGCCUUACGAUACCCGUCUCUGCGCUCACCGGCGAAGGCGUUGAUGAGGGCAUCAAAUGGCUCGUAGAGGCGAUCAAGCGACAUUCCUUAGUGCGUCCGCCGCGUGAAAACGAUUGAGAGGGCUUCAUACGAUACGAAACUCAAACGCAACGAAAUGGACAAACCAAUUCCGAAACAGAACAGAAAUCAGUGACAAUGUUGUACAAUAGCAUCUUGGUUUAGAUAGAGCAUAGCCCUAAGCAUGUAUAAAAUACAA